CGCUCAUGAUCAGCAGAUGAGCACUGGCGCAGCUCCACUGCGCCACGGUCAUGUAGGUGCGCAGGGAUACGCACAAGUUUUUUUCUGGAUAGUUUUUUUAUCAUUAUUAUCAGUGUUACAGAUUUGCAUGAACCUGUUAUUUUGAUAGCGUAUUACCUAAAUAACACCAGAGGCACAAACAGAAUGGUUUGACUUGACAACACUUUUAUUGUAUUUUAGGAUUUACGCACAAUCUGUCCUCUUGGAUUAGCCUGAUUAUUCCAUCUGAACGUGGGCUGGUUGUCACCUGAAACGUCUCCAGUUGAUGCCGAGGAUCAGUACCAUGAAUGUUGAUGACCACCAGUCGGUCGCCACUGCGCCGCUGGAUUUGAGCACCACUGCGCGAGGGCGUGGGAGGUCUGGGACUCCGGACAGUAAUAACAUUUGCUCCCGGGACGCUCCGAGCGGCGGCUCCCCUGCACUUCCAGCGAGCACCGGGACCGACAGCACAGAAACCCGUGCGCCUCGCAAACGGCCAGCGGGCAGCGCGUCUUCCUUAAAGCUUCCCUUCAGGAAACGACCCUUUCCCUUCGAACCUGAGAGCCAGACGCCGUCACCGACUCCAGCAGCGAGCGGAAUCCGCUCCUCUCCGGUGGAGGAGCGAGACUUGGGUUCCCUUGUUCGUCUGGGGAGAGCCGGGGGGGAUCAUGAGCGCAGGGUUGGAGUCGCACCGAUGACCAUCAUCAGGAGGGUGGAGGAGGAUGGACAGGGUCCAGAUGGAUACCCCUACUGCCUUUUCCCUAUUUAUGAUUAUGGUCACUAUCCGGUGUACUACAUGCCCCACGUGGUCCCAGAGCCACAUCAUCCACCAGCCCUUCAACCUGAAAACCUGCUGGCUGAGAUUUCUCUGGCUACGCAUCAGGAUGAAGAUGGAGACACAGCUCUCCAUAUAGCUGUGGUGCAGGGGGAAAUGUCUAUCGUCUGCAAACUCAUCCGACUGUUGCUGUUGGCUCACAAAGGCCUGGACAUCCACAACAAUCUUCGUCAGACUCCCCUUCACCUGGCAGUGAUCACAAAACAAUCCAACAUGGUGGAUGUGUUGUUGCAAGCGAGAGCCGACCCUUCUGUCCUGGACCGUCACGGCCAAACGGCGAUCCAUCUCUGCUGUGAAUACGACCAGCGGGAGUGCCUGUCCGUGCUGCUGUCCUUUCCCUCAUUCUCCUCGUGUCUGGAGAUCAGGAACUUUGAGGGUUUGAGCCCUCUGCAUUUGGCUGUGCUGCACGGCCACCAGGACUUGGCUAAAAUGCUGCUGGAUGCAGGAGCCGACAUCAAUGCCAUGGAUGUCAAAAGUGGCCAGAGUCCCCUCAUGCAUGCAGUGGAGAGCAAUAAUGCAGAUUUGGUCCACUUCCUCAUUGAGAAUAGAUGUGAUGUCAACAGCCAGUCAUACAGCGGCAACACGGCGCUGCACAUCGCCUGUGGUCGAGGUCAGGUGGACACUGCAAGGCUGCUCCUGAAAAGUGGCGCUGACAGCAGCCUCAAGAACUACCACAACGACACCCCAGUGAUGGUGGCCAAAAACAAAAAAAUAGCUGAUGUGUUACGGGGAAGAGGCUCCAAACAUGUCAGAGAUCCACACACUCUGUUGAUCUCACCACACGGGUCCAACUAUAUGGAAAACGGAUCUCCAUCUUCCAGCCAAAGUCGUGGAUCUUCACCUUCAUCGACACCACACACCUUUCAUAAUAGUGCAUCCCAUUCCCCAAAGACUCCACCUGCACAGGUUCACUAUUACUAGACUGAUAUGAUCCAACAAUGAAGCCUGCAACUACCUCCAGCUAAGCAUCAAACUCAGGACAUUUAAGUGGGCAGACCUGAAUAAUCAGGUUUCAGAACUCAACCGGAUUGCGACUGGCAGCCCUCCUUUGAUCUCCAGUCCUAUCAGCUGCUGCUUUGGACACUUUUGCAGUGAAUGGGGAGAAAAACAGCUGCAGUGACCGGAUGGUUUACUGAUCAACAUGAAGUGAAAUAUGUGAAAGACAAUAAUGAAACUCCAUGUACUUAUGUGUAAAUGACAUUGAAAUCUGAGUUUUUGCCACUUUACUUUCAUUUUUACAUCUAUAUUGUAAAUAAGAGUAAAUGAGAAGUAACCAAUAUUCCUAUCCUUACUUGAACUGUAGAUAUUUACAUUGCUGUUGUCUUCACUGCUGUACGGUAGGGCAGGGGUCCCUAACUCUGCCAAGGGUCGGUACAGUCUGUGAAUAAUUUGAUACCUUAUUUUGAGAAUUUACUACAAUUGUUUAUAAAGUCACAUUAAUAGAAAUAAAGUGUAAAAUUUGUUUAAUUGUUAAAUUUAUAUUGUUCACUUAGUUCUGUUUGAGCAUAAUUACACCCACCCACCCCCAUGGUUCGUUUAAAGGUUUUCUUACACCAGACUGGUCUUGUAUGCAAAACAGAGACUGCACUAGAGAAUAUGUAAUGAUGGUCUAUAUUAUCGACCAUCAAAGGCAACAGUUCCAGUAUUUUUGUUUAGUUUUGUACAUUUUUCCAACGUACUCAAUAGAGACAAAUUCCCUCUCUUCUAUAUUUAAAUAAUGUACUUCAUUUUGUUUGCUAUUGUGUUUGUUUACUUGUAUACAUGUGUGUUUUUUCCAUCAUCAUUAAAAACUAUGAGUGUUUUUCUAGAUUACUUGUUAAAA